GACCAAGGAAAGGAGGGGGUGUAAAUGUGAACUGUAUCCUGAGUUGCAGUCCUGUGCCUGCAUUCCUCUCAUCAAGGAUUUGCUUGAAAGAAGAAAAAAAAAAAUCAUAAAUAAUAACAUGAACACAGACUGGAAUACGGCGGAAAUCCACUGGAUUGCUUAUGGACUACCACUUUAAAGGCUGAUUCUGCUGUUUGCAGCCCAUCGCUCAGUCAGUGGGGUAUUUCUGGUUUGGACGGCUACAGCUUAAUAAAGGAGUAUACACACAUAUGAGAAGAAAAAUAAACAGAUACGCCGCUUUAAAUGCGCUUUAAAAGCAGGAAAACAAAGAUGGCUGGUGACAGUAAACGAUAACAAGGGCAAAACGCUAUUGUCCCCUUUAAGAACAAGAACUGUAUCUGUCUAAAAUACAUAAAUAUUUAAGCGAGAUAGCUUGAACAAAUAGUGCUUGACGUGACGCUGUUCGCUGUUUUGAAGUAAAAUGAUCGCGAGACGAAGCUAUCAGCUGCGAGCAGGUAAACACUGGGACUGAACAUGGAAAGGCAGGACAUCUCGGAAAAGCCUUUAACAUUUAACGACUGUAGAUAGCAAGAGAAUAGCUUUACAGAGGCUAGAGCGGAGUUUGAUCAAGAGAUUUGCGUGUGUGUGUGUGUGUGAGUGUGAGUGUGUGUGAGAGAGAGAGAGAGAGAGCGAGCGCGCACGAGCUCUGUGGAGAUGUUUCAUAACGCACAUUAAUGUUCUUAGACGGUGUUUUUGUUGUUGUUUUUGUUUUGCUGUACAUUGUAAGGUUACGGGACACGGAGGCGUUUUUUUUUUUUUUCUCAUUUCACCGCCCGACUUGCUCAAAAUCACACACACACACAGGAUACCCACACGACUACUACUACAUUUGACAGAGUUAGAUUAAAAACACACACACACACACUUCUCUGCUUCUCGUACUGAUUUUUUUAAACUAUUUGUCAGCACCUUGCGCGCGCCACUCACACUGUAGAGGCCUGUUCUGCUGCCAAGGACAGAGGCGUCUCGUAUUGGAGAGCUAGGACUCCGGGUUGGUUUGUUAGAAACCCCUGCAGGUUUUCAGUAACAUGCCCGUCGCGAUCCGAUUGCAACACUCGGGCAGAUCCCUGAUUUCUGGCUCAGCUGCGGAAUUUGAUUGCUGACAAGUUGAACAGGGGCGGAAUCGAGGCGCUCCCUGGCCCGUGCAUGGAGACUUAUCAACAGCUGUUCAUGCACACUUGUACGCCUGUGUGGACAAGCACAGUCACACGCUUCUUCUUCUUCUUCUUCUAAGAGGAACACGAGAAUGACUGAAACGGCGCGCCGGCUUACUGGCGACUUGUUUUAGACAGUUUUAUUAGGCUCGAACUUCAAACUGGCCUGCAUGUCUUCUGGCCAGGCAGCUGAGAUGGCCGAGGCCUGGAAGAACUGUUUCGAGGAGGAGCUCAUCUGCCCCAUAUGUCUGCAUGUGUUCGUGGAUCCUGUGCAGCUGCCGUGCAAACACAACUUCUGCCACGGCUGCAUUAGCGAGGCCUGGGCCAAAGACGUGGGUAUUCUGCGGUGUCCGGAGUGCAAUCAGCCGUACAAACAGAAGCCCAGCCUCGACAAGAACAUCAAGCUAAUCAAUAUCGUGGAGAAGUUCAACGCCCUGAACACUGAGAAGGAACCGGCUGUACUGCAGUGCAUCCUGUGCAGACGGGGACCCGCGCUUCCGGCGCUGAAAGUUUGCCUGCGCUGCAACGCGCCCUGCUGCCAGUCGCACAUUCAAACACACCUUCAGCAACCUUCUUCAAAUGCCGGGCAUCUGCUGGUGGAUGUUGAAGACGUGCGAGCCUGGAGCUGCCCCCAGCAUGAUGAAUACAGACUGUAUCACUGCGAGACCGAGCAGGUGGCCGUGUGUCGGUACUGCUGCUUCUCCAGAUGUGCAGUCGGUCAUGGACAUGGAGUCUGCGACGUGGAGCUGCGUCAGAAUGAUAUAAGGCACAUGCUGAUGAAGCAGCAGGAUCGCAUCGAUGAUCGAGUGCAGGACAUCGAAGAGCUGUUGUACAAGCUGGAGUCAGACAAACGGCAGGUGGAGGAUAAGGUGACUCAGCUGAAACAAGAGGUGCGCCUACAAUAUCAGAAAAUGCAACAGCUCCUAGAGGAGGACCUGGGGAAGGCUCUGAAUGUGCUAGAGAAGUCACGAUCGAAGUUCUGCCAGGAAAACUCCAGACAGGUCCUGCAGCUCAAUGAGCGGCGCCAGGAGGCCAAGAAGAUGCUCAGCUCUGUCCAGGUCUUGUUUGACAAGGCAGAGAAUAUCAACUUCAUGAAGAACACAAAACCUGUAAAAAUCCUCCUGGAUAGAUCUCAGACAUCUAUAGACAGUGCACUACCUCCCUACAAUGCAGGUCACCUUAACUCUAAAGUCUUUCUCGCUGAGAUUUCUAAAAAGGAGAAGAACCUACGCAAAAUUCUGGAAGCACCCUUCGCCGCUCCUGCGCACUUUUUCCAGAGUGUUCCUGUCUACCAAUGCAGAGUGAGCAGCUCAGGAUCAGAAAAGCGCAAACACUCGACUGCAUUCCCUGAGAGCAGCGCGAACUUCAUGGAAUCCUCGUCAGGUCCUGUGAACAAGCAGCAGUUCCUGGCUCCAGGUACUAGCUCCGAUGAAGGGCCAUCUGUGGCCUCCUGCAGCUCUGCUCGACACAUUGUGAGCCUCAACAGCGGCGGCACAGAAGUGAGUGAUGCUCAGCCUGUCCAUCAUUCCAGCUCAGUGUUCAGUCCCGCCCACUACCCCAAUGCUGGCUCCACCCAGCAGGCUAUGCUGCCACAAUACAAUGGCCGUAAGAUCCUCAUGUGUACAGUGGACAACUGCUACUGCUCCAGCAUGCCCUCUGUGUCCGGACACCAUGGCCACCCUUCCUACUCGCGCUCACCCUCUUUCGCCUGGGCGCAGGAGUUCUCUCACCCAAUGCCCCCGCCAGCUCCCUCCAUGUCCCAGCCAAUGCAGAACAUCUCAGUGCGCGGCAACUGGAUUGGCACCUCACAGAGCCACAGGCACCCCGACUUCUACAGCCUCUAUGGAGAACCUUCUACUAAACACUAUGUCACCAGUUAACCUUCUUUUUUCCAUUUCUUCUUUCUUUCUAUUGCUUCUUUUCUUUUGCUUUCUCUCUCUUUAUUUUGUCUCAAGUAAUACAACCAUUGCAUUCAAAUGGCACUUUGUCUCAUCAACCACAUAUCUUCCUUCUCAUGUCUAUAAAAUCCCGGUCUGCCACUGUGCAGUCUUUUUUUAAAAAUGGAAUUUGUGGCUGUGCUUUUAAAAUUGAAAACAGGCCUUGGAUAAUUGCAGAUGCUGCUGACCCGGAGCAGAUAAUAUUAGGCUUUGCGCAGGGCCAGCUUCAAACCUUUCCUCUGCCCCAUCUUCCAGCCUUUAGGGUGUCUGGGGCAGAGGAGGAGGCCUCUUUAUAUUAUAAAUUUGGUCUGUUAUUCACUAUGUAACUGGGGGAAACAGCUUGUUUACUGCAUCUGUAUGAUGCCUAAACUUCCUUUUAUAUAGAAAUGAAUGGUUGGUAGGGAAAGGGUUGCUGGUUAUUAUAGGAAAGGUGGGUAAAAAGAUUAAGUAUGCAUCUGUUUUCAUUACUCACUUCAACCACAUCAUGACUGUUGCUGGUUGCCCAGGGUCUAAACCAUGUGUAACAUGGGGCGAGCUGGGACUGAGCUCUUAUGUAAAUGCCUAAAAGGCGACAAGAUCUAGUAUCAUGUUUACAGUUACAUAUUAGUAUUUUUUAUGAUUUGACUGGCAGUAGAAAACUGUGUCUUAAUUCUGUUUAGGAAGAAUCACCCCGAAGGAAGCAUAAUUUCAAACUCAAAUAUCAGUUAUAAUCCUGGAAGGCUCCAGGAGCACCUCUUACAUGUUCCACAUGUCUUUCCUAGACUUCUCUGAAACUUGAUAUUUACUGCACCUGAACUAAUCUUUCCUGGAUUCUGCUUUCUGUUGGGUAUGGUAACUUCCUGAAUCAAAGCACAUGAAAGGCAUGUUCACGACGAUCAGCAAACACACUCAAUAUUUAAUCGUAGCUCAAUUAUAUAGAUGUGAUAUUCUUCCUCUUUAAAAAUGUUGUCAGCUCCAGUGGAACCCAGUGGGUUUGUGUGAUCACUGCACAGUGCUGAUUGUCAGGAACAUGCUGAAAAUCUUUUGACUUCCUGUUUGGGACUUUAAGCAGUACGAAAAGAUUUUUCCAUGAACUCCAAGGGUCUAUGCUGAGCCUGAAUAGAAAACGGUUAUUGACAUUUUUUUCCACAUAUUUUUUACAAGAAUAUAAUGGACUACUGAACCUCUAUAAUUUGCUUCAUUGUGCUUCAAAAGAGUAUUAAAUGUUGGUUUUAAAACACAUACAGUACAGUCUUUUUGUACAUAUUUUGUGCAACACAAAAGUGUGGCUCUAAUCUAAAAAAAUAAACGGCAGUUAAUGGA